GACAGCAAGAGUUGGAAUGCUACAGCGAUAGAUCCCAGUCGAGGUCACCCUGACUUCCAGACAGUGGGAGUCUAGGCCCUUCAGGGAAGAACCAGUCUCCACGAUGAACACCUUCAGAACUAGUACAACAUGUGCUCAGGAAUUGUUGGCCAGAGUCUGGCCCAUGAAGGAGAGACGGGGAAAGUUCUGAGAGUGGACCUCCACCAGAGACCAGAGGAGACUCAACAGAGACACAAUUCUCAUCAUUGAUCUGUUGCACAUCACUCACAC